AUGGAUGGCACCACCAUCAUCGAUGACGGCCCAAAAGCCUCAUGGAAAUCCCGCAGCUGCCUCAGCUUUGGCGAAUACACGAGAUCCUGGUCCUUCAAUGGCACCUGGCGGACCAUUGUGCGCCGUCUAUGCAUGUGGGUCAUCAUCAGCCUGCGCAUCGUCAUGAACAUCUUAUCAGUCUCAUCCAACACUCUCGGGAGUAAGGUCGCGAAUCUAGUGGUCGGUGUUCUCUUCGGACUACUCUCCUUCAUUUUUGUCUUCUGGUGUCUCACGAUGAUCGACCGUGCUCAUGGUAAUCGUGCGUGCUGGUUGUGUGGACUCAUUGUUGGACGCACUCAUCUAGAGAUCUUCGUUGGAGUCAUCGCUCUUCUCCAUGUGGGCCUCCUUGCAUCAUUCUGGCAGUUUGUCCCCCAUUCAGCUGCCGGGUUCAACGUUGUCUUUUUCUUCCUCUGUAUAAUGAUCGGGGCGUACGGAAUCUUCUGCACGAAGCCACCUCUUUCCGUCUAG